GCUUCUUGCCAUUGUAGGAAUCCAAUAAGAACAGAGCGGUUGCCUUUCCACAUCGUGAGUAGGUGAGCACCAUUCGCGGUAGUUUGGUUAUAUUCUAAAAAGUUCAUCACUUGCUUCGAAAACCCAACAAAAAAAAUCGUGUCCAUUUCCAAAUUUCCCAACCAUGGAACGCGCUCGACGCCUCGCGAACCGUUCCACCCUCCAACGCCUGGUUUCCCGCUCAAAGCCACACCGCCAAAUCAAAACUCCGGCGGCCUCUCCGCUGCCGGCGUUAUUUUCCCCGUCGAGGUACGUCUCAUCCCCAUCUCCUUGCAUUCUUUAUGGGAAAAUCCGAAACGAGUCGUAUAAUGUUGGCUUCUGUAUUGGAUCCCAACAAUUUCGAUAUAUCUCAGUCGAAUCAUUAAAACCCAAUGACACUUUCCCACGCCGCCAUAACUCGGCAACCCCACAAGAGCAAACCAAAAUGGCUGAGGUUUGCGGGUUUUCUAAUCUUGAUUCCCUGAUAGAUGCCACGGUUCCUAAAUCCAUUCGGUUAGAGAAAAUGGGUUUUUCAAAAUUCGAUGAAGGGUUAACGGAAAGCCAAAUGAUUGAGCACAUGAAGAAACUAGCUUCUAAGAACAAGGUUUUUAAGUCCUUCAUUGGUAUGGGGUAUUAUAACACCUUUGUUCCACCUGUGAUUUUGAGGAACAUUAUGGAAAACCCGGGUUGGUAUACGCAGUACACACCUUACCAGGCCGAGAUAUCGCAGGGUCGGCUUGAGUCCUUGCUUAAUUACCAGACCAUGGUUUCGGAUCUCACGGGUCUCCCCAUGUCGAACGCUUCGUUGUUGGAUGAAGGAACGGCUGCUGCGGAAGCUAUGGCCAUGUGUAAUAAUAUACAGAAGGGGAAAAAGAAGACUUUUGUCAUUGGUAGUAAUUGUCACCCUCAGACAAUUGAUGUUUGUAAGACUAGAGCUGAUGGAUUUGAUUUGAAAGUGGUGGUUGCUGAUCUCAAAGACUUUGAUUACAAGUCGGGUGAUGUUUGUGGUGUUCUCGUUCAGUAUCCGGGUACUGAGGGGGAGGUUUUGGACUAUGGGGAGUUUAUAAAGAAUGCGCACGCGAAAGGGGUUAAGGUUGUGAUGGCGACUGAUCUGUUGGCAUUGACAAUGUUGAAGCCGCCUGGGGAAUUCAGUGCGGAUAUUGUUGUUGGGUCGGCUCAGAGGUUUGGGGUUCCCAUGGGGUAUGGAGGUCCUCAUGCGGCUUUCCUGGCCACUUCCCAAGAGUACAAGCGAAUGAUGCCAGGGAGGAUUAUUGGUGUGAGUGUUGAUUCUUCGGGAAAACCUGCAUUGCGUAUGGCAAUGCAAACGAGGGAGCAGCAUAUCCGGAGGGACAAGGCAACCAGCAAUAUCUGCACUGCUCAGGCAUUGCUUGCAAAUAUGGCUGCUAUGUAUGCCGUUUACCAUGGUCCAGACGGGCUUAAAACCAUCGCCCAAAGGGUACACGGCCUUGCUGGGACAUUUGCUGCUGGACUGAAAAAACUUGGUACAGUUGAAGUUCAGGAGCUUCCGUUCUUUGACACCGUGAAAAUUAAGUGUGCCGACGCCAAGGCAAUUGCAGAUGCUGCUUACAAGGAUGAGAUGAAUCUCCGGAUUGUGGACAAGAAUACAAUCACCGUUGCUUUUGAUGAAACCACCUCCUUAGAGGAUGUAGACAAGCUGUUUAAAAUUUUCGCAGUUGGCAAGCCUGUGACAUUUACGGCUGCCUCUCUUGCACCAGAGGUUCAGAACAUGAUCCCUGCGGGCCUUGUAAGGCAGAGUCCAUAUCUAAUUCACCCAAUCUUCAACUCACACCAUACAGAGCAUGAGCUGCUUAGAUACAUUCACAAACUGCAAUCAAAAGAUCUUUCGCUAUGCCAUAGUAUGAUUCCCUUGGGUUCUUGUACGAUGAAGUUGAAUGCAACAACAGAGAUGAUGCCAGUGACAUGGCCUAGCUUUAGUGAUCUGCAUCCUUUUGCCCCUAUUGAACAGACACAAGGUUAUCAGGAAAUGUUCAAUGAUUUGGGUGAACUGUUGUGUACAAUCACUGGAUUCGACUCUUUCUCUUUGCAACCCAAUGCUGGUGCUGCUGGCGAGUAUGCUGGCCUCAUGGUCAUCCGUGCCUAUCAUCUGGCAAGAGGAGACCAUCACCGUAAUGUUUGCAUUAUACCUAUCUCUGCACAUGGAACAAAUCCUGCAAGUGCCGCUAUGUGCGGGAUGAAAAUUGUUGCUGUUGGAACUGAUGCCAAGGGAAACAUCAACAUUGAAGAGUUAAAGAAGGCUGCUGAGUCAAAUAAGGACAACCUGUCUGCCCUCAUGGUUACAUAUCCUUCAACACAUGGAGUUUACGAAGAAGGCAUUGAUGAAAUAUGUAAGAUAAUACAUGACAAUGGGGGUCAAGUUUAUAUGGAUGGCGCAAACAUGAAUGCACAGGUUGGUUUGACUAGCCCGGGUUGGAUUGGCGCUGAUGUUUGUCAUCUCAAUCUCCACAAAACAUUCUGUAUUCCCCAUGGUGGAGGUGGUCCUGGCAUGGGUCCUAUUGGUGUGAAGAAACAUCUGGCACCUUUCCUGCCUUCACAUCCUGUGAUACCUACAGGAGGUAUUCCAUCCCCUGACAAGGUUCAGCCUCUUGGUACCAUAUCUGCUGCGCCUUGGGGCUCUGCACUAAUUUUGCCAAUAUCGUACACCUACAUUGCCAUGAUGGGGUCCAAGGGGCUCACAGAAGCAUCAAAGAUAGCUAUCUUGAAUGCAAACUAUAUGGCUAAACGAUUGGAGGACCAUUACCCCAUUCUUUUCCGUGGUGUCAAUGGCACAGUUGCCCAUGAAUUCAUUGUUGAUUUGAGGGGCUUCAAGAAAACUGCCGGAAUAGAGCCUGAAGAUGUUGCUAAAAGGCUUAUGGACUACGGAUUUCAUGGGCCAACAAUGUCAUGGCCUGUUCCGGGCACACUGAUGAUUGAACCCACUGAAAGUGAGAGCAAGGCCGAGCUAGACAGGUUUUGUGAUGCUCUGAUUUCCAUUAGAGAAGAAAUUGCGCAGAUUGAGAAAGGAAAAGCUGAUGUUAACAACAAUGUCCUCAAGGGAGCUCCUCAUCCUCCGUCGCUGCUCAUGGCAGAUGCAUGGCCAAAACCUUACUCUCGGGAAUAUGCUGCCUUCCCUGCUUCUUGGCUCCGUGCAUCUAAGUUCUGGCCCUCGACAGGACGUGUUGACAAUGUGUAUGGCGACCGCAACCUCAUCUGCACUCUUCUCCCCUCUUCGCAAGUUGUAGAAGAACAAGCUGCUGCUACUGCUUAAGCUUCAGUACCUCACUGCUGCAGAAAUCAAGGCUCCUUGAUGAUCACGCAAAAACGAAAUAAAUAUAGUCUCCUUUUUCGACGUCUUGUAUAUAAUUGCAUUUGAGUUCUGUCUUCUUUCUAGCUGUAUUGAUUAUCAGCUGCCCCAAGAACAGUUGUUGCUGAUUGCGGCUCAAAUAUUUCAAUCCUGAUUAUUUUUACAUCCAUGUCCUCGUCAAAAUGGAGGACGUGACAUUCAAAAAAAUCAAAUGUCUGUCUACUGAUGAAAUGGGAUCUCUUCAAGGAAACUGAUUGUACCGUUCAUCUGUACAAAGGGUGAAAAUGCUUUUGACCCGUGGCACUCAA